CUGCGGGGCGGGGCUGCACCUGCCGCUGGGUCUGUCGCCGCUGCGCACCUCGGCCAGGUAAACUGUCAGCUUCCGCGCGAGUCUCAGGUGGGUGGCAGUCGUGACUCAGACACGCGGAGGUCCUGGCCAGGUGACAAGCACUCAUGCACCCACCUGCAUACAGCAAUCCAUCCAUUACAGGGGACAGCCAGGAAUGAGGCUAACUGCUCUCUCCUGAGGUCAGAUCCUUCUUGGAGCAUGUCUGCUGUGACCCUGAGUCACCACAGUGGCCACAGGACAUGUGAAGGUGGUCCAUGGGCCUGCCCCUUCUAAACUGUGUGAGGCAGAAUCUGCUCCGGGUUUGUGAGAUCUGGGAGCUCACCCAGCACUCUGAGACUGGCCAAGGUUGCAAGGCAAGCUCUCUGGUGUGCAGCCAGUAUUGCUGGUGGCUGACAGUUACUGGUUAACUCAUCCUGUUCCUGUUUAACUUGUCCCCUGGGAUGGGGGCAGCCUCUGACCUCCAGGACCUCCUGUCCGUCUGGCUGAAUCGACAGAAAGGAGCCCUUCUCAGACUGCAGUGGACCCCAUCUGCUGUUAAGGAGCUACGGCGGUGCCAGGGGUGGAACCAGCGUUCGGCCUGCCGUGAAGAGGACCCAGAAGAGCCAUGGCAGGUGUCUGUGACAUGGUCCCUAAUUUCCUUUCCCCAUCUGAAGACCAGGCCUUGGGACCUGCCCUUGGCAGAGAAGUUAUUUUGAAUUGCACAGCUUGGGUUUUCUCUAGGCCCCAGUGUCCCCAGCCAUCAGUGCAGUGGCUAAAAGAUGGUCUGGCAUUGGGCAAUAGAAGCCACUUCAGCCUCCAUGAGGACUUCUGGGUCAGCGCCAACUUCUCAGAGAUUGUGUCCAGUGUCCUGGUGCUCAACUUGACCAAUGCUGAGGACUAUGGAACCUUCACCUGUUCUGUCUGGAAUGUCAGCUCCCAUUCCUUCACUCUUUGGCGAGCUGGCCCUGCUGGCCAUGUGGCUGCAGUGCUGGCUUCUCUCCUGGUCCUGGUGGUUCUGCUGCUGGUGGCCCUGCUCUAUGUUAAGUGUCGGCUGAACGUGCUGCUUUGGUACCAAGACACUUACGGGGAGGUGGAGAUGAACGAUGGGAAGUUAUACGAUGCCUACGUGUCCUAUAGCGACUGCCCAGAGGACCGCAAAUUUGUAAAUUUUAUUCUGAAGCCACAGUUGGAGCGGCGUCGGGGAUACAAACUCUUCCUAGAGGACCGCGACCUCUUGCCUCGCGCGGAGCCCUCUGCCGACCUUUUGGUGAACCUGAGUCGCUGUCGGCGUCUCAUCGUGGUUCUUUCAGACGCCUUCCUAAGCCGGCCCUGGUGUAGCCAGAGCUUCCGGGAGGGACUGUGCCGCCUACUGGAGCUCACCCGCAGACCUAUCUUCAUCACCUUUGAGGGCCAGAGGCGUGAGCCCAUACACCCUGCUCUCCGGCUCCUGCGCCAGCACCGCCACCUCGUGACCCUGGUGCUUUGGAAGCCUGGCUCCGUGACUCCUUCCUCUGAUUUUUGGAAAGAGCUACAGCUAGCACUGCCACGGAAGGUGCAGUACAGGCCGGUGGAGGGAGACCCUCAAACCCGACUUCAGGAUGACAAAGAUCCCAUGCUAAUCGUGAGAGGACGUGCUGCCCAGGGCCGGGACAUGGAGUCAGAGCUGGAUCCAGACCCUGAGGGAGACCUGGGUGUCCGUGGACCUGUCUUUGGGGAGCCACCAACCCCACUGCAUGAAACCAGGAUCUCCAUAGGAGAGGGCCACGGCAAUGAAAUGGAUGUCUCUGACCUCGGCUCUCGGAACUACAGUGCACGGACAGACUUCUACUGCCUUGUGUCUGAGGACGAUGUGUAGCCCGGAUCAUGAGAUCAUGGUGGCAGCUUCCAGGGUAGAGGCAGCAGGCACUCCUUCCUAGGAUCACAACCCUUGCCUCUAUCCCUGGGCCCCCCAGGAAAGGAGUGUGGCUCCAGGGUGUCACAAAAUAAAGUUCUGUGGGUUCCUG